AUGCUUACUUCUGCUAAGAGAGAUUUGAGAUCGAGAGUUCGCAAAGUGCUCUCCGGAGUAACCUCAGGUUCACUUCAUGGUCAGUCGACGGUCGUUUGCAGAACCUUAUUAGAGAGCGAACAGUUUCGAUCAGCUAAGUCUGUAGGUGUUUACAUGAAUAUGCCUACCAUGGAGGUUCAAACUGAGUCCAUAAUUAAGGCGUGCUUCGAUCAACAAAAGGCUGUUUUCUUACCCAAGUGUAGCAGCAACGCAAGAUGUGAGGGCCGGAAGAAAAAUUACAUGUCUAUGAUACAUGUACCUUCACUUGGAGAUGUACACAAUUUGGAGCCGCAAGGCAAAUACAGGCUAUUGGAGCCGACUGAGGGUACAGAGGUCUUUAAUACUGCAGGUCUUGAUCUACUUAUACUACCAGGUAUGGCAUUUACAAAGUCUGGUAGACGCUUAGGUCAUGGAGCGGGAUUCUAUGAUGAAUUUCUAACUGUAUAUCAAUCUCACUUCGCUAGAGUACCCUAUCUAGUAGGAUUAGCGUUACUGGAACAAAUUGUUGAUGAUAUACCACAUGAAGAGCACGACUGGGAUCUUGAUUGUAUCAUUAGUCAAGAAGGGCAGGUUUUCUGCCGUAAAAUUAACCACUCACUUCACUAA